AUGUUCCUGCGAUGAUGGCGCUGCAGCUUAAGAGCGGGGAUGCUGCCUACUACCAGAGUGCAGAAUACUGCAGAAACUACACUUCACCGCCUGUCAGCUACGGUGACAGCAGCCAUUAUCUUGCCCGACUACCAGGCCCAGAAACCAUGUUGAAGCCUCCUCUGAGCCUCUUCAGCCAUCCCCAGCAGCCGUUCCAACACAUGGACUCUCUGCACCAGCUGGGACCUCCGCCAAUGGCGCCUACGCAGCCUCUCGGCCCACCACCCAUUGGCCCUGCUCAGGCACUUGGACCCCCAACUAUGGCUCCCACCCAGACUCUAGGUCCCCCUCCCAUCACUGCUACUCACACAUUAAGGCCUCCGCCCAUUACCCCACCACACACCUUAGGCCCCCCUCCGAUGCCCCCAGCUCAGCCAAUGGGGCCUCCACCGAUGCCACACACCUUGGGGCCCCCACCUGUUGAUCACACACAAGCAAUAGUGCCUCCAACCAUGGACCUCACACAGCCAAUGGGGCCUCCACAUCUGAAUCCUGCACACGCCCUGGUGCCCCCACCUGUGGUGGCACCUGCUGCCUGUCGAUUCCCCCUCCCUCCCAGCCCCUUGUCCUCGCCUCCUGCUCCAGGCCCUGAUCCCUCACAGCUACCCCCAAGGCCCCCAGGACCGGCCCUCAUCCCCGCCCCAAUGUCCAGCCUCAUCUGUGGUCCUCUCCCAGGUCAGGCAGCUCCAGUCAGCGAGCAGCCACAGGAUGAGGGCUCCUCGCUGGGGAUGGAGGAGCAGGAGGACUCUCUGGGGCUGGAAGAACUGUGUAAACCACUGUACUGUAAACUGUGCAACGUUACCCUCAACUCCGCUCAGCAGGCACAGGCUCACUACCAGGGAAAGAACCACAGUAAAAAGCUACGAAAUUUCUACGCUGGCAGUCAGCAGCCACCAGCCAUCAGGAUCCCAGACGUCCUCGAGGCAGCUGGCCAGACAGCCCUCAGCUCAGGAUCCAGCGACAGUGACGCAGGCAGGCAGGCGCUGUAUAAGGGGGCGCCCCGGGUCAUCUUGGCCACAGAGAACGACUAUUGUAAACUGUGCGACGCCUCCUUCAGUUCACCAGCAGUUGCACAGGCCCACUACCAGGGCAAGAAUCACGCCAAGAAACUACGUUUGGCUGAGGCCCAGCAAAACUCCAGUAACAUGGAAGCCAGCAAUGAAGCAGCACCAAGAAGAAACAGGAAAGACGGCAGUGAGUACCGACUGGUGAAAAACCGCCGCAGCCCACAGAUGCCUGCUUCCAUGCCAGGGCCAUACUAUAACCCCAGACCGAGGCAGCGCAUCCCCAGGGACUUGGCCAUGUGCGUGACUCCAAGCGGGCAGUUCUACUGCUCCAUGUGCAACUGCGGAGCCGAGCAGGAGACGGACUUCAGGCAGCAUCUGGAGAGCAAACAGCACAAGGCAAAAGUGUCGGAGUUAAGAUACCGCCAUGAGAUGGAGAACCUCGGCUACAGCUAA